ACAACCACAAUGAAGGGAUUAAAAAAAUUAAAUCAAAUGUUAAUAACCAAAAGUAGGACUGACCAAAAAAAAAAAAGCGUAAUUUAAGAAAGCAACAAGACAAACUGGCACAUCAGUCGAUGAUAGUACGAAUGAUAAUAUACUACAGUAGAGACGGAAACAGACAUCUAAAAUUAACUGCGGUCAAGCCAGCCUCCACUCGUAAAGCAGCAGUCAAGCCAGCCGCCCCUAAUUUUGUUCAUACUAGGCAUUAGGGUAAUAGAUCGCCAACUUGCGGCGAAAGCCACCUUCAAAAUAAAAGCUUCCCAAUAAUACGGACAUCAGUGCUCUUCGGUUAAGGAAUGCAACCAGCAAAGUUAAUUUGAAUCUUGAGAUGAAAAUGUAGUUUAUUUGAUAUCUUGGGGAAAAUAAAUGGUAAAUGGAAUGCACUUAUAUAGCGCUUUAUCUACAUCAUCACAGUGCCCAAAGCGCUUUACAAAGCCUCACAUUCACGCACACAUUCAUAAACCAAUAGGCGACUGCUGCCAUGCAAGGCACUGCCAGGACCACUGGGAGCAAAUUAGGGUUCAGUGUCUUGCCCAAGGACACUUCGACAUGCGGAGAGUCGUAGCAGGGAUUCGAACAUGUUCUACCUACUGAGCCAAAGCCACCCCAACAUAAUCCCAUUGGUAUCGCAAAACAAAUCCAGAUGACAGACCACCAAGAACUCCACUAAAAGAGGUUUGAUGAAGAUCUGAUAUUUUAUUUCAAAAUAAAAGUUAUGAAAACUGCAUAUUUUGCUGUCAUUACUCCUGAAUGAAAAAAAUCUGUUACCGGUCUAGUUCUGGGGGUACAGUACACCACCCCAGGUUUCCAACAAAAGACGUCCCAUCCAAAUCUGAUGUGGCAUUUCAAAAUAUAAAUCCCCUGAAAUUGGUAUAUUUCACUGUCACUAUCACUGAUUUUAAAUAUUCAUUGACCGCAGCGUCGAUUAGUGGCGUAUGACCCUUAACAAAAAUAUAAUUUCUACUUGAUGUAUAUCGUGUUAGUCGGUGGGUGGCUGAUUUGUCGUCUUAACACAUUCAAGUUAUUGGCACCAUAAUUUCGCACAUUCAACGGGAUGGCCAGCUAAGGACAGUAUCAAGACGUUAUGUGGGUAGAGUUCUUUUACUUGGUCUUUGCAAUACAGAUUUACAAGUAAUAAUAAACCGUUAAACGAAAUCUGAACGACUGACGUCAACAUUUUUGUACCUUCUAAGGCACCGUACGCGUGUGUUACAGUACGCAUGCGCCCGGCACUUUGAACAAAUAGCUUGUUAGUAGUUUGGUUUAAUUUAAAAAUUAUGUCAGAGAAGGCUGGAGACGUUGAUUUAACCGGUGCUAAACUGAAUACGGGCGUCUGGCUUGUAAAAGUGCCCAAGUACCUCUCUCAGCAAUGGGCAAAAGCCACAGGAAGAGGCGAAGUUGGCAAACUCAGAAUCUCCAAGAAAGGAAACCAAGGCAAACCAGAGGUGUCUUUUACAUUAAAUGAAGAGUUGACUGUGAUUGACGGUAUAGAAGACAAGACAGUGUCUGCUCCUCGGGAACACCCAUUGACAAUGCAGACAGUGGGAGGUCAGACAUUGGCUGUAUUCACAGAGACGUCAUCAGGCCAGUCAGAAGAGAGAUCUGAUGGUGGCAGCUCAGGUUCGGGGGCAGGGGCUGGUACAGAUAAAAUUGCCUUGGAAGGAGUGGUGGUGCAGAGAGCAGAUUGCAGGCCAGCUGUUAGUGACAGCUAUAUGAAGCUGAAGAGGUUACAAAUUGAAGAGUCCACCAAGCCUAUCCGGCUGUCACAGCAGUUGCCUAAAGCAGUCACCAACAACUACAAACCUGUGGCUAACCAUGCAUACAACAUGGAGUAUGAGAGGAAAAAGAAGGAGGAGGGCAAGAGAGCUAGAGCAGACAAACAGCAGGUGUUGGAUAUGUUGUUUUCUGCUUUUGAGAAGCACCAAUACUACAACAUCAAAGACCUGGUGGACAUUACGAAACAGCCUGUGAUUUAUUUGAAGGAAAUCCUGCGUGACAUUGGAAUCUACAAUGUUAAGGGAACACACAAGAACACUUGGGAGCUAAAGCCUGAAUAUCGACAUUAUCAAGGCGAGGAAAAAACAGACGAAUAGGACGAGUUAACGAGUUUGGUUGGAUAAAGCCUAUCCCAAUCACUGAGUGUUGUCUCAAACACAGUGGAUGGUGGGACCACUACAAGGGAGUUGAGUUCACUGGAAGAGGUUUUGAGCUUUCAAGUGUGCGCUUGAGGUUUGUGCUGAACAAACCAUGUAAAUGCCCAUGGUCUGUUUGUGGAUUGUUUCAUGUUGAGGGAAAAAAAACGCUUUUAAUAGCAUAUUUAGAUAAAGGUAUAUUUAGUGUCUCAUGAUGUUUUUAUGGCUUUUUUUUUUUUUUUUUAAUUUGGUUUAAUCUACAACCAUUGCUUAAAUUCGAUUUUUUUUUAACUACAACUUUCAAUGUCGUACUUCAAUAAAUAUGCUUUUAAUUGCAUUUCACAAAGAUUUGGUUUUUCUUCAUAAUAAAAUCUACAACAAGUUUC